AUGAAGCUUAUCAAAGGGUUAAAAUUAAUACAACCACGGGCAACAUCAGGAAGUUUAGCAAGUUAUGAUAAUUUUGAAUCUGAUGAACUUGUUCGAUUUAGACAAAUUUAUUGCCUCAAGGUCAAAAAUACGAUUACUGGUGCUGAACCUUUCCUUGGUGUGAUGAUGUAUCCUAAAAAAAUCGAUGUUGGUUUGCCGGAUAACAUAUAUUCACUUUUAGUGAAUUAUUACAAUGCGGUUUACGGUGAAGACUUGGAUUUUUUUUUAAUUUUCAGACAUAUUCAAAUUGGAGCUGAAAUUUUUGGAUUUGCUAUUGCGCCUCAAUUUUUUAAAAAUGGUUCAAUUGAAAUAUAUCCUGGUUAA